AUGAUUCUAUCAAAUUAUAUUCUAAAAAUAGUAUAGUAUAUAAUUCGAAAGGUACUUUAUAAAUUGUAUUCUUUAAGGUUCUGCCUUAUGACUUCAUCUCAUUGCUCAAAGGUUACUAAGUGAAUUCUAAGAAGCAAUUGAGUGUUAUGAAAAAGCAAUAUCAAUUAAUUUUUAGAAUGAUGACGCUUGGAACAAUAAAGUUAGUAAUCAUUUAACAUCAUUUUAUAGGUUUAGCAUUAGAUAGUUUAAAUAGAUUUUAAGAAGCAAUUGAGUGUUACGAUAAAGCAAUAUCAAUUAAUAUUAAUAAUGAUGACGCUUGGAACAAUAAGGGUAAUUAUUUGUUUAACAUCAUAACUUAGGUUUAGCAUUAAAUAAUUUAAGUAGAUUUUCAGAAGCAAUCAAGUGUUGUGAUAAAGCAACAUCCACAAAUUUUGAUAAUGAUAGCGCAUGGAAUAAUAAGGGUAAUAAUUUGUUAAAAUUCAUAUAGGUUUAGCAUUAUAUAGUUUAAGUAGAUUUGAAGAAGCGAUUUAGUGUUGUGAUCAAGCUAUAUAAAUUAACUGCAAUAAUGAUGACGCUUGGAAUAAUAAGGGUAAUAAUGAGUUCAACAUUUCCAUUUAGGUUUCGCUUUACACAAUUUAAACAGAUAUUAAAAAGCACUUGAGUGUUAUGAUAAAGCCAUAUCAAUUAAUCCUUAUAAUGAAAUGUCUUGGAAUAAUAAGGGUAUUACUCUGGUUUCCAUUUAGGCUUUGCAUUAUUUGCGACGGAAUUAUACACAAUCUAAGCAGAUAUUAAAAAUCAAUCGAGUGUUAUGAUAAA